AGAUCACUGAAUUAAAUGAUAUGAACAACUAUCUUAAAAAUGUGCUUUCAACAAAUGCAUCCGAAUUGGAUGAAAAAGAAAACAUUUAUCAAAAUAUAAUAAAAAGCUUAGAUUCAAAAAAUGUAAAACUCGGUGAAGAAAAUAUUAACUUACAGCUUGAAACUGCAAGUAAAAUGUCUGAAAUAAAGAUAUUAAAAGAUAAAAUACAUGACUUUCAGUCUAAAGAACAGAAAUUGAAUCAACAACUAAGAGAUGUUAUGAAUAAAUAUAAAAUUUUAGAACAAAAGUUAAGUGCAACUAUUGAUGUUAAUGUAAAAUUAGAAGAAGAUCGCAGAAAAAAAAAUGAUGAAUUAAUAUCUUGUGAAAAUAAGAACAGUGUUUUAAUGCUUGAAACUGCAAGUAAAAUGUCUGAAAUAAAGAUAUUAAAAGAUAAAAUACAUGACUUUCAGUCUAAAGAACAGGUAUAAUGUUCAUCAGUAAAUACCUAUCUUCACUACAUAUAGGGAUGGCAAAAAUUGACACAAUAUCGAUAUUAAAUAGUAUUAAUAUUUCGUUUAUAGCUUUUCAAAUAAGAUUUAUAGAGCUCGGUUUGAUAUUAAGAUAUCAGUAUUGCUAACAAAAAUAUCAAUAUUUAAAGUAAAACUAUUUUAAUCCUGUAUCACAAAUACCAUUAUUACAUG